AUGAGCACUCGAGCUUCUGGGAAACCGUUAGUGAAGGCCACAUCUAACCCUGACAAACUCAAAAAGCGCACCAAGCCACAAACAUCACAACCGUCAUCAUCCGCACCCAUUUAUAUAGACACCAUUCCUAAACCCAAACCUGACCAUAUACUUCACGAGACUUAUUACGAGUCGGGAAGUACCGAGUGGGGUUACUAUUCCGAAAAAGAGGAACCGACUUCCAAUAAAACACCUACUCCACCCGAAUCACUGAAGCCGAACAUCAACAUGGCCGGACAACAAAAUAAUCCACCCGAUCUUUUUAACACCAAAAUCGAGGACCUACCUCGAACCAUACCAACCUCUGGCCAAUCCGCCAUUGUUAGCCCCGAAAUUGAUACUUUCACCGUGAAAGGCAACCACUUGCAAAUGGUUAAGGAUUUGUGUUUUGAUGGGAGAAACAAAAGGGAUCCUCAUGAGCAUCUCGAUAAGUUUGAGAUGAUUUGCAACUUGUUCAACUAUGGGGAGAACCAAGCUAACAUUGUCAAGAUGAAGCUUUUUCCUAUGUCUCUAGCGGGGGAAGCUCAUAAAUGGUUAAAGGGGUUAGCGCCUAAUAGUUUGACUACAUGGGAGGCGGUUAGAGAAGCUUUGAUUGAAAGGUUCUUUCCGGCAAAUCAGGAAAGAGAACUUACGCUUAUAAUCCGUUCUUUUAGGCAAGAUGAGGAUGAGUCCAUUGUUGAAACUUGGUUGAGAAUGAAAGAUCUUUUGUGGGAAUUCCCUGGGCAUGGGGUGAGUGAUACCGAGAUUGUUGGUAUAUUUUUGGAUGGAAUGAAUAUGGAAAGUUAUGAGAAGAUGGUCAUGACUUGUGGGGGUAGUACUACUUAUAAGACUUCUAGUGAGAUUUGGAAGAUGUUUGAGGAUAUGGCUAAGGCUCAAGUUUCUAGGUCUCCUAGUAGGGAUCGUAGGGAUAGAAGGACACGUAGAGUAGUAGCCCGGGUUGAUGAGGGAGAGACAUCUGAGGUGGUUAGUGAGAUUAGAGCACUCUCAAAGCACAUGGAUGAAAGGUUUUCCAUGGUGGAAAAUAAUUUUGGAGGAUUAGAGCGUGAUGUUAAGAUCAUGGCCGGGGGGUGUGUUCAUUAUGGUGGACCACAUAAUGCCGAUGAAUGUGAUCAAAUGGUUAGAGAAGAUGUGAGUUAUGUGUACAACCAAAGAUCCGGUCAAUAUCAACCGCUCUUCCAACGUGGUGGCAACUACCAAGGCCGUCACCAAGGUAACUCUUCAAACUCUUCUAAUUCUUUUUCUAACAAUCGUGGUAGCAACUUUCAAUAUAGGUGGCAAAAGGAUGACAACCAAGGUCCGCCUCAACAACAACAACCACCAUCACCACCAAAGAAUGGUGACAAUGGGGAGGAAACCCCAUCUCUUGCAGCCAUGAUGGCCAAGUUCUUGGAUAAGCAAGAGAAAAGGGAGGAAACUCAAGAGAAAAGAAAUGCUUCAAUGGAGAAUUAUUCCAAGCUUUUGAAUGAUAAGAUUGGGGGUUUGCAUAUAAAGAUCGAUGAGAGCAACCGGAACAACCAUGCUUUGAUAUCUAACUUGGAAAAGAGGUUAGAUAGGAUGGGGAACUCUCAAAGGCAGCCGGGAAAUUUUGAUGAAGAGUUCGAUGAUGAAGUUGAAAUGGAGUCACCGCCGGUGAUGACUACUUCGGUUCCUAAAGCCACACCAAUCAAGGAACCCGAAGUCAAGCCAUACAAGCCAAAGGUUCCCUUUCCUCAACGCUUGAGGAAGGAAAAGCUUCAAGAGCAAUACAACAAGUUCUUUGACAUGAUCAAGACGGUGACAAUCAAUGUCCCACUAGUUGACCUCAUUUUGGGCAUGCCUAACUAUGCCAAAUUCAUCAAGGAGCUAGUGACGGACAAGAAGAAGCUAGAUGAAGCAAAGGCAACCUUUUUGAACGAAGAAUGCUCGGCGGUAGUCAAAAACAAGCUUCCACCAAAGCUUGCCGAUCCAGGGAGUUUUCUCAUUACUUGUUCAUUUGGUACUAAAUUGUCUUGUAAAGCGUUAGCCGAUCUUGGGGCUAGCAUCAAUUUGAUGCCAUAUUCAGUUUUUACCAAGCUUUCAUUGGGGGAAUUAAGGCCCACUAAGAUGAGCAUCCGCCUUGCGGAUCAUUCCUUUCAAUACCCAAUGGGGGUGGCCGAAAACUUGCAAGUGUAA